UCGCAUUGACCAGUUCAACACCCUCAAAAGUGAAUACUGAAUAGCGGAGAAAGAGAAAUAGUGUAUAUCAGAUUAUCAGAUCACUGCAGUUUACAAACACAGAAGAAAUAAGAUACAGCAGAUCGAUCGAGGAAAUUAAGAUCGAGUAAGCCAUGGCCUGGUUCGCCGUGUCUUCACUGAUGCGAACGGUAGAGCUUGAGUUCUUAUCACCCAACCCACAUGUUGUUCUUGACGACACAAACGCAGCGGAAGCACUCCAUGGAAGGCUACGUGAGUUGGUUGACUUUCUUGAGAAAUCUGAGAAUCAAUUCAACGCUGAAGACGUGGCGAUGCAAGACUGGAAAGCAAGGCUUAAAGAUGUUGCCCUGAGAAUAGAAGAUGAAAUUGAAUCAAAAGUAAUUGAUAGUUAUAGCGGAGGGCAGAGUACGAGUACUAUUGCUGAAAGCUUUCAUUCCACCUUGGAAUAUGCAAUUGAAGAGUUGACAAAGUGUGUGAAGGAAGAUUUGCAAGUGAAUGAUAGUCUUUCAUCGAGGGAAAGGAUUGAAAGUAGUAGUAGUUCCUCCCUUCCCACAGCCUCAAAGCUUCAGAGCACAAUGGUAGGGCGCACUGCUGAAUUGGAACGUAUCAAACGGUUGCUCCUUAAAGACAAAUCUGAAGAAAGACUGGUUGUAACAGUCGUUGGCAUGGCAGGAAUAGGUAAGACAACUUUUGCUCAAAGCUUGUACCAAGAUCCAUUAGUUAAAUCUCAUUUUGAUGUUCUUGCCUGGGCAACCGUGUCUACGUCUGCAACAUAUGACAGAUGUAGAAUGUUUCGUGAGCUUUUGUUGUGUAUUAAGCCAAAAGAGAAGGAAUUCAUCCAUCAAGUCAACCACGACGACCUACCUGACCUAGUACGUAGAUGGUUACUUGGUCAUAGGUAUCUGGUUGUUUUAGAUGACAUAUGGGACAAUAACCAAUGGGACGAAAUUAUAAGGUCAUUUCCAGAAGGGUGUAAUAGGAGUAGAAUAUUGUUGACCACUCGACAUGAUGAAGUGGCCAUGUACGCAAGAUCGUAUACUUACUGUUCUCUAAAUGUGCCUUUUUUAAAUUCAGAAGAAAGUUGGGAUUUAUUUCUCCAAAAGAUUCAUCAUGCAAGAUUGAGCUCAGAAGUCGAGGCAAUAUGGAGACACAUUGUCAAUUAUUUCAAGGGAUUGCCUUUUACAAUUGUUAUAGCUGCUGGACUUGCACGAGCAAUCAAUGAGUCACUAUGGAUUUCCAAGGAGAUUGAUAGAAUAUUUUAUGAAAGGAUGUGUUUUGAUCUUGUUCAAGAUAUUUCAAAAAUACUUAUUUUGAGUUAUAACAACUUGCCUAACUUUUUGAAGAUUUGUUUUUUAUAUUUGGGAAUUUUUCCUGAAAGUAUUAAUAUUCCGGUGAAAAAGCUUAUCAAAUUAUGUAUAGCAGAAGGGUUUGUGAAGGUAGAAGGUCAAAGGAGCUUAGAAGAAGUUGCUGAGGGUUUUCUAAAAGAUCUUGUAUCUAGGAAUUUAGUUUUGAUUGACAAAAUUAGCUUAGAUGGCAAGAUUAAGACAUGUAAGGUGCAUGGCAUAGUACAUGACUUUUGUAAGAGGAAAGCAAUGGAGGAGGACCUCUUACAUGUUGUAGAUGGACAUUUUGGUCACUUACAUACUUAUCAUUGGGUAAGUAUUGAAACGAUGAAUGUUUCACCUGAUGAUAUCUCCAAUAGAUCUCGAUCCAUUUUAUCUGUUUGUCAUAAUAGAGUUGAUUGGUUUACAAAUUUCAAGAUGUUGAGAGUAUUGGAUUUAAGUAGUAUUUUCUGCCGUGGAUUGGAUUUGAUUUGUGAUGGUCUAGUUCUUUUGAGAUACUUGGCUCUGACAAUAGACAUUGUAUACGGAGGAGUAGUUGAAAUGAGGAUAUUGGAAAAGAGCUUUAAUCUACAAAUUCUUGUGCUUCUGACAUUAGAAGAAAGACAGAAGAGUUUUCCAAUCAAACUAUCUCAAAUUUGGAUGCCAAUGUUGAGGCAUCUACAAUUUAGUACGGUGCUUAUGCUCGAUCCUCCGAGUGCUGUUCAAGAGUCCUUGCAAACAAUUUAUUGGUUACGCCCUUCCCAAUGCACAAAGAAUGUAUUUUCGAGAAUUCCAAAUGUAAAAGUGAUGGGAAUUUUCGUACCGUGGAGGUGGGAGGAAAUUGUAGUAGUUGUUUCCCCUUUGUUGGAUGAUCUUAUAAAUUUACGGAAGCUUGAGAAACUAAAAAUUAAUAGCCAUCUCGAUGAUCCUAUUAUACUCCCAGAUGCAAGUGCUUUUCCAGAAAAACUCAAAAUGUUGACAUUGAAGGGAACUUUGGUGCCAUGGGAUGCUAUGGAAGUUGUUUGUAUGUUGCCCAAUCUUGAGGUUCUAAAACUUAAGUCUGGAGCUUGUAUAGGACAACAUUGGAAACUCUCUGGAGAUUGGUUUCCUAAAUUAAAAUCACUGCUCAUUCAAGAAAUAAUGGAGUUGAAGCAGUGGACAGCUACUGACGGUGCUUUCCCUAUCCUAGAGCGUCUCAUCAUUAAACAUUGUCUUCGUUUGAAGAAUAUCCCUUCCACUUUUGAUGAACUAUACAGUUUGCAAUUAAUUGAGUUGCACGGUUGUCAUUCUUUGCUUGUUCAUUCUGCCAACCAAAUUCAGCAACAGCAGGAGGAGUUAUUAGGAAAUGAUGGGCUUGUUGUUCACAACUUCAAUACUCAGCUGAAGUACAAGGCAAAUUAUCAUGAUUCCAGCUACUUUGCAAGGCAAGUUCAAGAGGAAGAGGAUUCUAAGCUCACCAAUGAUGACUUCUUUAAUUGCUUUGAAGAUGACUUCGACAACAAUGACAUCAAUUGAAACAAUCUUCUCUAUUUCUUAGCUCCCUGCCUACUGCCCAUAUCAAAUAAAAAUCUUAUGGUUUACUAUUUUUGCUAUAAUUUAUGUUUAAAAAAAACUUCUUUAGUUGCAUAUUUUGGGUGUGUUGACCUCCUUCCUUUUUCUUUGAGUAUAGCACUUUGAAUUUGGUAUGAGAAAUUGUUUCAUUGGGGAGUGGAAUUGCUUAAAAUAAGUGUAGGGAUGAGCUAAGCUUGAUUUUUUAAUAUUGUUUCUUUGUGUGGUCUUGUAUGAAUUAUAUUUGAUAAACUUCUACAUGUUUAUUCACUAAAUAUUUCAGACUUGUUUUUAAUUAAUACCAUGUGAAUCGAAGGUUAUAUACA